AUGACCGCUCGAUAUUCCCCUCCCCUCAAACCUAUCAGACUCUCUCACGCCCCAGCUCCUCAAUCUUUUCUACGCCGCCGAUCUCGCUGGCUCUACGGCCUACUCGCCCUGGUUCUGCUCUACCUAUGCCGCUCCUCCAUUCCCCUCCUCCCUCACCGCACCCCGAUCCACGAACCCUCCCUCCGCUACAAAAAUGUCGAUUGGUCUCGCUACGCCUACAGCCAAUACGCAACCAGCAGUCCCUAUCUGUGCAACGCAGUCAUGGUUUUCGAAGCCCUUUCUCGCCUCGGCAGCAAAGCUGACCGCAUCCUCCUCUACCCGCAGGAAUGGGACCUCGAGAUCGAAAGCACCUCUGAUCGGGACAGCCAACUGCUGGUAAUAGCGAGGGAUCGUUACGAUGUGAAGCUUCUACCGGUGGUAAUACCGAAGGCGGAUGACGACGCGUGGAAUGGGAGUUUUACAAAGUUCAUGGCGUGGGAACAGACUCAGUACGAUCGGGUGCUGCAUUUGGAUUCGGAUGUCACGAUAUUGAAGCAAUUGGAUGAGCUGUUCAUGUUGCCGAGCGCGCCGGUGGCCAUGUUGAGGGCUUACUGGAGGUUGCCGAGUGUUCGGCAGCUGACCAGUCUGUUCAUACUGUUUGAGCCCGACGAGAUGGAGGCGCAGCAGCUGAUGGUCGCUGCGAGUCCGAAUGUCAGGCAGAAGAAUGAGUACGACAUGGAGAUCCUAAACAAGUUCUAUGGGGACUCGGCUAUGGUGCUGCCGCAUCGGCAGUUUGGACUACUCAGCGGCGAAUUCAGGGUUGAUGAUCACAGAAAUUAUUUAGGGAACACCCAUGAGAGAUGGGAUCCUGAAAGGGUGCUGAGGGAGGCAAGUCUGGUCCAUUUCUCUGACUGGCCCAUACCGAAACCUUGGAUUAUGUGGCCGCACAACAUGAUCCAGGAUGAGAUGCCAAAGUGCAAGCUUGGGAUUGGAGCAGGGGGAGAUGAUUGUAGGGACAAGAAGGCUUGGCUGGGACUGUACGACGAUUUCAGGAAAAGGCGAAAAGAUAUUUGUGCUUUACUCUCCGCACCUGCUCCAGAGUGGCACCCUCCACCACGGAAUACGACGGAAGCCUCGGACUGA